CUUUUCCCCCCUCUUCCUCCUUCUUCUCCCAUCAUUAUCCCCUCUACAUUUCAAAAAAUAAAUAUACGUAUAUAUAUACACACGCACACACUUGCAUCCAUACUUUUUUUAAUCCCUAAUUCUUCUUUUACUUUGCCUUCUUGUUCAUUAACACAAAAAAAGAAAGAAAGAAAAAGACAAUGUCUGCAAGUCCAAUAGCACGAAUAGUCUCGAUCGCAAACGCAGCUAGGUUGGCUCGCGUUCUAUCCAACCGUGCUUUUACCACUGCCAGCAAAGCCAGUUUCGCGCCUUCAAGUUCCCCUCUCCGCAGAGCUAUCAAUGCCUCUGCUCACUCUUCGCUUCGAAAUGAAUCCAUCAGCAACCGAUUCAAUUUCAAUCGGUUGACUGCUCAGCAGCAGCAGAAGCAGCAAGUAUCGUCCUCAAGGCUCUUCUCCUCCUAUGCUUCAGCUCUUAAACACACCAGUACCACCACCAACUCAACUUUGCCAUUAUUCUCCACAAAGAAUACUGCUAUGGCAUCCUCUCCAUAUCUUCAAGGCCAAGCCAUCCGUGGGUUCUGUAAAAAAGCGUGGCGUAACGAAUUCGAGUCGAAACACCAAGCUGGAUAUGACUAUUGGAAUAGCCUUUACGGCGCUCAUGGCCAUGAUUACCGUCGUGGUCGUGGCUGGCAUGGUUGGGGCCAAAACCUGCAUGAUUAUCACAAGCACAUCCGGAGGUUCCAUCGUCAUCAUAUGCACUAUCAUCGUCGCCGCCCUAUGCGCUUCGUCUUCCGUAUGAUGGCCCUAUCCACCUUAUUCGUGGCUGUCCCUGCUAUCGUCGUAUUUGACGCCCCUUAUAGGACCUUGGCUGUCGUUCCAUUGACUGUCUUUGGUACCGGUGCAGUGCUUAUACUAGCGGGUCGAUUGCUUUAUGUUGCACUCCCCAUCUUGGCCAUCGGUGGCGCCACAGCCUUUUGGGUCACCACCAUGCCAGCUGCUAGCACCGUGAAGGAUCUACAAAAGAUCUUGAAGCGUGAUGAGAAGGGAGGCCAAUACUCUACUGCUUUAGGCGCUUUGGGUUCAGAGUGGGAAAUCCAACGAGCUCAGCCCAACGAAUGGUUCCGAUGGACAUUCCCUGAAUCCGGUGAUAAGAAGCAGCUUGAUAAGGUUGAUAUCCGUAUCGCUGUUUUUGAUCCCAAUGAUUAUAGUGACCGUAAAGCCAGGGCCAUGCGUUUCUUGGACAAAUUCCAGGGCCAUGAUGACUUGGACGCUACGGAGGAUAUGAGGCAUCAUUGGAAAAAGAAUAAGAAGUACGAAGAUAACUGUGAGAUCCUGAAAAGCCUCCAAGUCAAGCGUGAGGGUGAUCAGUUUGUGAUCAAGAUGGAGGAAGAUGGAGAGAAAGUCAUGGAACAUCCGUUGGCCAAGAAGUAUUUGGCACUCGGACGUAUUGUUGACAGAGCCGCCAAGGAGAUGGAGGCUUCCCAACCAGGUCUUAAGCUGGGUGAGCAGGUCGUCUUGGUUCACAAGAAUAAGAAACAUGAAGACUCGUUCUGGAACCGCUGGUCUCCCUAUGGCGAUCUGUCGCUCCGUAUCCCUUUUAACCGUACCUGGAUUAAUGAUCUGGAUGAUUUUGAGACCAAGGAUUGUAUGCGGUUCAAGAGAAAAAUGACUAGAGUAGAUUAUAUGGAUAACAUCGUCAUGUUGCUGAGAAACAACAAAAUACCCCGUGAAUCGGAUGGUGGCGUCAGUAUUCAAUAAUAACUUCCCCUCCUUCUCCCAG